AUGGAAUCCGUACCGUCUCCGAACUCGAAUCCGCCGUCUAAACCCCCGCCGGGGAGCUCCAUGCCGCCUUUUCUGAGCAAAACCUACGACAUGGUCGAUGAUCCUUCGUCCAAUGAGGUCGUAUCUUGGAGCAGCGGGAACAACAGCUUCGUCGUCUGGAACGUGCCGGAGUUCUCGAAACUCCUCUUGCCCAAGUACUUCAAGCACAACAAUUUCUCCAGCUUCGUCAGGCAACUAAACACUUAUGGAUUCAGAAAAGUUGAUCCAGAUCGAUGGGAGUUUGCAAAUGAAGGGUUCUUAAGAGGCCAAAAGCAACUACUGAAGAACAUUUCGAGGAGGAAAUCUUCUCAAGUGCAGCAGCAGAGUCAGCAACAAACUCAAGUUCAGAAGAACUCAUCUGUUGGUGCUUGUGUGGAGGUGGGCAAGUUUGGAAUAGAAGAGGAAGUGGAAAGGCUCAAGCGGGACAAGAACGUUCUUAUGCAAGAGCUCGUCAGGUUAAGGCAGCAGCAACAAGCCACGGAGCACCAACUGCAGAACGUGGGGCAGAAAGUUCAGGUGAUGGAGCAGAGGCAACAACAGAUGAUGUCGUUUCUAGCCAAGGCUGUGCAAAGUCCAGGUUUCUUGAACCAGUUGGUACAACAGAAUAACGAUGGCAACAGACAGAUUCCGGGAAGCAACAAGAAGAGGAGACUUGGAGAUGAAGAGGAGAACUGUGGAGGUAAUGAGGUUAACCGCCAGAUUAUUAGAUAUCAGCCAUCGGUAAAUGAAGCAGGACAAGCUAUGCUCAGACAGUUUUUGAAUACUAGUAGCUCACCUAAGCGUGAAUCUGUUUCGAAUAGUCCUGGUAGUUUUCUCUUGGGUGAUGUUCCCAUUUCUAACUCUGUAGACGAGGUUUCAUCCAACUCUGCUCACUCAGCGUUGAGUCAAGUACCUGAAGCAAGUUUGGCUCAUGAUCCUCAAGCUGGAAUGUUUCAGCCAAACUUUGGUUCAAGUCCAACGCAAGGAGUAUCAGCUGGAGCUUCUUGGAGCCCUGAUUCUGAUCUGUUUGGAUGUGAGACAGGUAAUGGAGAGUGUUUCGAUCCAACAAUGGCUGUCUUAGAUGGGUCGUUGGAGAUAAACGGCCAUGGAGUUUCUCCUGAAUGCGGUGAGGGCGAGAUGAAUGAGUUGAUGAACGAGAACCCUAAGCUGCCUGGAGUCCAAGAUCCGUUCUGGGAACAGUUCUUUGCUGAUGACACAGACGAGGUGCUAUCAGGAUCAGUGGAGAACAAUGACCACAAACACAGAGGAAAUGAAGGGGAGAUUGUUGAAGGGGAUAUGAACGAAGGUGGAGGAAUGUACCUUGUCCUUUACAUUUUGACUUGGAAUGUACAAAACUUAUAG